AUGAGGAGUUCAAUCGGGGAGGAAGUCCACACGGAGACCUCUGAAGACUAUGGUUUCAAGAAAUUGGGUCAGGUAGCCAUCUUACCGUCGUACAAUGAAAAAUUACCCUUUGCAUCGUUACAAAACUUGGAUAUUUCCAACGAGAAUGGACUUUAUAUUGCCUCUUCUGGUGGAAAAGUUGUGAUUGGCGAUCUGCAGUUGCUGAGGGACUUUAUUCAGAAUCAUAAAGACACAGAGAUAUCCUUUCGAUGGGAAAAAGCGUUGGAUGAUGUGAUAGCAGUUAAGUUUCUGCCAGAUAACGAGGCUCUCAUCGUCUGUAGGACAGGCGUCGUUUACAAGAUUGACUGUGCCAACUUUGACUCGUUCGAAGAGGCAUGUUCUUUAAAACAACCAUUAUUGCAGGUCAGCGUGUCACGGUCUAAGCAGCUUUUGGCCAUGACUAGUGAACAAGAGCUGCUUUGUUAUGAUCUAGGGAAAUCCUCUGCCCCUAUAGAGAUCGCCGACGGCGUGGCUUCCUUUGAUUCGCUAGGAGACGAAGUUUAUCUGCUCCUAAGCAACAACUCUAUACAGAUCCGGAGGUUGGCAGGGGACCACCUCGAGCUUCAGUCAACGCUCGCAGUUCCACCGGAACUUUUGGAGGAGCUUGGAGACCAAUAUCAACCGCUACUGCUUAAGGUAUUGAAUAAAAAACAAUUGCUAGUCGUCUACGGAGAAGGGGUACCGGAAUCCGCCGAGGAUGUCAUGUACGAUCACAAAAUGUAUAUCGUCAACUUCUCAGCAGAGAACUCAACGUUUAGCGAGUCUUUCGAUAUUACGCCGGCUUUUGGUUCUGUCCUAAGAUACCCAACCGCGUACGAUGUACACAUAGAGGCUCUUACUGGCGAAAGCGAAACGAUCAACAUCUUGGCCUCAGCCUGCUCCAGUGAAAUAUCAAUAUGGGACUCUGCGGAAGUCGUGCAACCGUCACAGGAUAGCGAAAGGGCUGUACUGCCCAUAAGCAAAGUCACUGAUAAUGACACCAAUCCGGUCGGUAUGGCAUUAGACAUAAGAACAACGGGAAACAUAUCGGAGCCUUGUCAGGGAGUGGAAAGUGUCGAGAAAUUACCACUUAUCUACAUACUGAACAACGAAGGAAGUCUGCAAAUAGUUGGGCUUUACCAUUCAUCUGCGAUAAAAGAGGGCACUUUCAAGGUACCUGACGUGUCGAGGCCAGCAACCGAUCUGGUUGCAGGCGCCGACUUCAAACAAGUGGAAGAUAGUGCUGAUCGAGCCUCUGAUGCAGAGGAGACAACCGUGCACGAGGUGGCGCGUGAAUCCAAGAACACGGCAAGCUCAAGUGGUGAAGAAACAAAAUCGGUCGCGGCAGGAACUAAGUCCGAAAAUUCAUUUGGUGCGCCUGCCUUCAAAAGCGUAAAUACCGGCUCAGCUUUCGGUUCUCCAGCAUUUGGCAUCUCGGAAAGUAAGCCAGCCUUUGGUACACCAUCGUUUGGGAGCACAAAUACCGAGUUAGCUUUCGGCAACUCUCCUUUUGGCCAGUCAGGUUCUAAGCCAGCAUUUGGUUCACCUGCUUUCGGUGCACCAUCUUUUGGAAGCGCAGACUCUAAAGUAGCAUUCGGUACCUCUGAAGAUAAACCAACCUUCGGCACGCCAUCAUUUGGGAGCUCAGGCGCUGAAUCCGCAUUUGGAAAACCAUCAUUUGGACACUUCGGCGCUAAGCCAGCGUUUGGCUCUUCAGCAUUUGGUAAAACAUCUUUCAGUGACUUAGGUUCUAAGCCUGCACUGAGUGCCCCGGAAAAUAAGCCGGCCUUUGGAACGCCAUCAUUUGGGGACUCAGGAACUCAGUCAGCAUUUGGUAAACCAUCUUUUGGGGAUUUUAGUACCAAGCCAACCUUAGUCACGCCAUCGCUCGGGGGCACGAAUACUAGUUCGACAUUCGGUUCACCAGGCUUUGUUGGCUCUGACAAUAAGCCAUCGUUCGGUUCAAUCUCGACGACCACACCACCAAAGGGCUCAGAGUCUAAACAUGCUUUUGGAACGGCGUCGUUUGGCACUAGUUCCAAGUCCCCUUUCUCCAGUUUGUCCAGCAGUACGUUUCAAGGUCAGAACCUACCUUUUGCCAGCGCACCUUUUAAAAAGUUUGCAGAAAAUAAACUUCCCUCUUCAGGGGAAUCACCUUCACCUUUUGCAAGCCUCGCAAAUAAAAUGACAGAUGACAGUCAAAAAGCAGCAUUUGCGAGCUCUGAUAAGCUAGGCGAUUUUUCUUCUACCUUCGUUGCGAGCGAAGAGCAAGCCAAUGAUCUAAAAAUCAGCAACGCUGAUCGAGAACGGGCUGCAUCCGCUGAAGCAAGCUAUGAGGAUCUUCCCGAUGAGAAAGCUCAAAAGAAAGCAUUGGCAAGGGAGGCUGAAAAAGAGUCUGAAGACGAAGCUUUAUCUUCCUCAGAAAAUCUCGAGUCAGAGGAAGAGGACCAGAAAUUGUCAGAAGUGGGUAGCCAAGAAGAGUCGGAGCUCUCAAGGGAUAAAAGAGAUUUUAAGGAUACAGAUUUAUCCGAUUCCACUGUCGAACGGGGGACGCCGUCUCAGAUUCAGAUUACAGACCAUACAGAAGAUGCUAAAUCUUCAAUAUCCGCCAUAACAGCCCGUAUCAAAGAAGGUGCUAAACUGUCAAGUAGCGAUUUACAGAUCAAUCAAUUUGGCAGAGAGGAUGAUAGGAGAAGUGCAUCGCCAUUUACUGCAUUUGCUGGUGACCUGAAGAAGGCAUCCUCACCAGGCUUCUCCUUUGCCAGUAUUUCCAGUAGCAGUGAGAAAGCUGAUAAGCGGAUUUCGGAAAAAUCUGCAGUCGGCACUGCUCAGGGAAAUGCCUCCCAUUCUACCAAACCAAUUAAUUCUUCUGAUGCUACAGCAUCUACUGAAAAAGAGGAAGCGAUACAAAGAAACCCUUUCUUAACGAAACAUGACGAUGCAUCACAUGGGGAUUCUCAAGCAGUAAUUGAUAAGUCAAGCUUAAAGCUAAAUACUGUCCUUAAACCUUCCAGUAAUGAUAUUAACUCCGCUGACGCUGCAAAUGACUCUGACACUCUCGAAAGGCACAAUGAGAAAGAUUUUUCAUCUAACAAACCCAAAGAUGCAUCUUAUGCGCAGAUAGCAACCUCUCAAGGAUUGGAUAUGACUACAGCUGAUAAUGAUCUUUCUAAUUCAGAGGAGAACGAGACCACCAGAGAUUCAGAUUCGAGCCGAGAGGAAUCAUACGACGCACUGGACGAUGUAUUGCAGGAGGAGUUAGACGAGGCAAUUAAGACGAAGAAUCAAGCUCAAAAGGUAGAACUGCCAAGUACAAUUGAUAAGGCGCUUCCGCCCAAAGAGACCGUAGAAGUUAAAAAAGAAUAUAUUUCACAAGGAAUUCAGGUUUAUGAGGCCGUAGACUCUGCAUUGCAAGCUGAUAUACCAACUGCUUGCGAUUUCACCGUCCAAUCAUUCGAAAAUGAUGAAACAAUCUGCGCCUUACAAAACAUGCCGAAGAGUCUUCCGGAAUAUUUUACUAGCGCUAAUAUCACCGCGAUAAACUUCAGCUCCCAGGAUUUGACGAUGAGAUCGAUUGAAAAGACUUAUCAUGUAUUGUCGUCUGAAAUAGCCGUCUGGCAAGAAAACGCAAAAAAUAUUGAGGAUUUCCUAAAGGACCAGUCCACAAGUUGUAUUGAACGCAGAACGAUCGCAAGUGUGCCUAACGUGUACACAUGGAGACUUCAGGAAUCUGAAAAGCUGCAGGACAUCAUGUCUGAGGAAAUGAGCGCUUUCAGCGGGUCUGCACGUAAGAUCGAGCAACUGCAGGAGCAAUUGGCAAAAUCAAAAGUAGAAAAGGCAAGAGAUUUGCAAGAAGAACUUUAUAAAGUGAAAAAUGAUUAUUACCACUAUGAAAUAUCCAGUUCGAACCCGGGGUUUGCUGAGCUGAAACAUCAUCAGUUAGAAAUGCAAAGUGAGCUUCGCCGGAAAAUGUUGAAUGCUGCAGAGAGGUUGAAUCAUAUUGAAGAGAUGCUACAAAUAUUAAAACUAUACACGAUUGACCGCGAAGAAAUAGGAAAUAAUGCCUACGUUCAUAAAUUGGCUAGAGAUCUCGCUGACCGCGAUAAUCUCUGCAACGAGAUAACACGCUUGCGGGAGCAGGUUGAUGAGUUGAUUUCUAGAAACCGCUCAUCGGAGAGACAAGCAGAUGCAUCGAAAAGCCCUGAUGUAAGCAAUCAGGAAAUUCAGUCACUUCCUGUGGCGGAAUUAUGUUUAAAACUUAGGACCAGGAUGCAAAUCGGCAGCCUAUUGAAGAGAAGAUAA